GCACGGGUUCGAAAACUUUCUGUACGCGAUGAUACUUUUACAGCGAAAUUUCAACAAAAAUAUAGGUAAGGAUAAAUGCUUUCAGUACGUGAACAACUAAACCGAACGCACCGAAAGAACGCGACUGAAAAGUAGCUGGCGCUAGAUGCGUUCCGAAAAACCACGGUGAUCUGAUGCCCAGUGACACCCGUUCACAGCUGUGUCGACGUCGCGCGCAUUUCAUUCGACUCGUUCCGCGACAGCAGAAACCAAGAUGGCGCUCCUCUGUUUGCGGAUUGUUCUGCGGCGGAUAUAAAUACGUAAAAAAAACAGUGCGAGAAACGGUUCACGGUGAAUUGGUUAAGUCGUGGCGAUCGAUGUACGCGUGUCGCAAAGUGACAGUCCGUUGGUAACGCGCCGCGAUAAUUGUGGGGCACGACAGCGCCGGUACAUAGCCGCUGCGGUAUUUCGAACGUCGGCGAAGGUGCUCUCGGUGCCCACCUGAGGAAUGCCAGAUUAUCCUGGGCACGGCGGUUCGCUCGACAGAGGGAUACGGUAAUCGCGCGAGAUAUCGCGUGCGAGUCGACCGAAAGGUGUUUCGUAAGGUGCUCCCCCGCAAAGGUGUUCGGUCGUUUCUUCCGUGACGUAUGUGUGUCGCGGAGGGCUACGAGACAGGUCGGUCGCGAGUGUCGUCGUCGUCGUCGUCUGGGUGCUCGUGUUUGGUGUGCCGCGAGUGGCGUUUUUCGCGGCUUCAAUGCGCUCUCGUCCUCCCCUGGAUAUCUGGACAGGCGAGAUCAGCUGCUGCUGGAAUAACUAGCCCGGCGGCUCCGGGAGACGAUACUCUUCGACAGAAGCGGUGGGGCAAGGUGGUGCCGGAAGCAGCCGCGAGUCCGGAAGCAUAACGAAGAAGAUGGCCUUCAACGAGAGUAUCGAGGACGGGGACAAGGAGGAAGCGCGUCGAAGUCGACCCCAAAUGCGCCGCAGGGAGAAGAAGGAAGUGCAGCAGCAAGCCGCGACCGCGGAACGUUGUUGACGUAGUCGAGAUCGAGCAGCGCGGAUUUGACGUAAGUGCGAGAAGCCGCAGACGAAAAAUGCGAAACGGCGGUCAGCCGCAGCAGACGGCGGUAAUGGCGCCGCCGCACCUAAACGGGUCCGCGCAAUUCGUUUCCGGCGGUUACGUCGGCUACGUGCCGCGCCAGCCCUGGGGGCAAUUCCAAGGCCCGCAGCAUCCCAGGAACACGGCCAGGCCUCUGUCGCAUCCGCCGCCGCCACCACCCUCCAGAAGGGAAAGUCAAAGACCCUCUGACAUCGGCCCCGCCAACCCUAAAAGCACAUCUCUUCCGCAUACUAGGCCAGGGACGCACAGGAGCACCACCCCCUCGAAGGUGGACCCCGAGCUGAUAUUCACGAAACAAGAACGAAUUGGUAGGGGUAGUUUCGGCGAGGUGUUCAAAGGCAUCGACAAUAGGACCCAGCAGGUUGUUGCCAUCAAGAUCAUCGAUCUCGAAGAGGCGGAGGAUGAGAUCGAAGAUAUACAGCAGGAAAUCAUGGUGCUGUCCCAGUGCGACAGCCCAUACGUCACCAAGUAUUAUGGGUCCUAUCUCAAGGGUACGAAACUAUGGAUUAUUAUGGAGUACUUGGGUGGCGGCUCGGCCCUGGACUUGAUGAAGGCCGGUAGCUUCGAGGAAAUGCACAUCGCGGUGAUAUUGCGCGAGGUGCUCAAAGGGCUGGAUUAUCUUCACAGCGAGCGGAAGCUUCAUCGCGAUAUUAAAGCUGCGAACGUUCUGUUGAGCGAAAUGGGGGAGGUGAAGCUGGCCGACUUCGGUGUGGCUGGACAAUUGACCAACACGACCAGCAAACGAAACACCUUCGUCGGGACACCGUUCUGGAUGGCACCGGAAGUAAUCAAACAAUCCGCCUACGAUGCCAAGGCUGACAUUUGGUCGUUGGGCAUCACGGGUAUCGAAUUGGCCAAGGGAGAACCGCCGAACAGCGAGCUCCAUCCCAUGAGGGUCCUGUUCCUCAUACCGAAGAACAAUCCCCCGCAACUGACUGGAAAUUACACGAAGCAGUUCAAGGAGUUCGUCGAGGCCUGUUUGAACAAGGACCCCGAAAACAGGCCGACGGCGAAAGAACUGUUGAAGUUCCAGUUCAUCAGAAAGGCGAAAAAGAACUCGUACCUGAUCGACCUCAUAGACCGGUACAAGAAGUGGAAGUCCCAGCGCAGCGAGGAAUCCGAGACCGAGAGCGAAAAUUCGGACUCGGAGGAAUCGAAACAGGAUAGCGACAUGGACGAGCCAUGGAUAAUGACCGUGAAGGGUCCACACGGAGUGAAGGGUUCCGUGGUGCCGAUUCUGCCACUGGACGAGCAACCAGCCUCGAAUCACAGAUCCUCCAAUGACAAUCAGCAAACGAAACCACAUGCCAACGGAGCCUCGAGGUCUCCGCCGAAGGAUUCCACGUUGAAUCAUUAUAGAAGCGAGUCGCGGGACUCGGUGCGCGAUGGCCAAGCAAAGCACACGCCGUCACGGCCGCACGAGGCUGCGCCACCGCCACCGGUGGACACGCGAGAGAAAAGGGACGAUCGCGAUUACCGCGACGUCGACUGGGACUCGACGCUGAGGAUGCUGAGGAGAGACGAUCGAGAAAGGGACAGAGACGUCCGGGAAACGGAUUUCGGUUCGAAGGAGAAGAGGUGUAGCAAACUAGACGUACCUGACGAUUGGGACUCGAUGCGGAGGAGGCUGAGGAGGGAAGUUCGAGAAAGGGACAAAGAGGUCCGGGAAACGGAUUUCAGUACGAAGGAGAAUAGGUGUAGCAAACUGGCACCCGCCGAAUGGGACUCGACGCUGAGGAGGCUGCGGAGAGAAGACCGAGAAAGGGACAGAGAGGUCCAGGAAAGGGAUUUCGGCUCGAAGGAGAAGAGGUGUAGCAAACUAGACGUACCUGUCGUACCUAUGGUAGACCACAGGCCCGGCGAAGACAAACAGAGACCGAGAAGCUCGCAGGAACAGAAGCAUCCGCGAAGCGCGGCUCUUUCCGACGUCGUUUUACCUCUCCUUUCCGAGCUUCAACGGAAGCAUCAAUAUUCGGCAAGAGAUAAUAAUGGCGAGGGCGGAAGUGGUAUUCGUAAGAAUGUAGGCGCGAUAGACGAGCUACGCGGUGCGUUCGAGACAGCGGAACGCACUUCACCGGGAAUGACCGAAGCCCUCAUCAGAGAACUCCUUAAGUCCUUACUUCCUGCCAAUCACUCGGAGGGCCGUUUGUCUAUGCUGAUGGAGAAGGUUAUUCUAAGGGAUACGUAGGGACGCGAGAGGGCGAGGGUUCGCAAGAGAUUGUGGUCCGAGAACAUCCUGACGUUGUAACGACUCGUUAUUUCUCGUUUAUCAGAUUUAUUAUUCCGUACGAGCCGAUACAUUGUCGACGUGUGCCGGGUCCGAACGUGAGAGGAAGGUAGAAGAAGAACGUCGCUGCAACGACCCGGAUAUUUUUCAUUCCCCUUUUGGUCCGUCGAAACUAAAACAAAACAGCAAAACUUUCGUUUCACAUAACCGUCUUCUCUUCAUUUCCGACUGGACGCGAUUUUAAUCCGAACUUGUUUUCACUCGCGAGAACGAUGCAUCGUCCCUCCGUUACGAGAACGGAAAGGAAAUUAACAGAUUUAUCCGCUAGAGUAAAAAAAAAAAAGGGUUAUACCAUCCAAUUGUCCUCGCGUAACGGCGACAGUUACCAGUUGAGAAAAAAAAAAUAUUAGCCUCCCCCCACCCCCCACCCCCCGCCGAAUCGUUAACAAGUUAGUAUUUGGAAAAUUACGAAAAGAAAAAAAUAUGAAACGCAAGACGUAGGGAGAUAGUCGAGAAAUAUUUUUGCAAAUCAUGCAGCCAACCCCCCGUUCAGGAUUCUUUGUACGUUCUUCGUGUUCGGUAUCGACGCAACCUCGAAGAGUGGAAAGAUAUAGUUAUAGGCUCAGCCGAUGUCUGAUGAAUAGGGGAAAAAAAGAGGGUAUUCGUUGACAGGAUCUUGCCUCAUUGUAGAUACAUCCGGAACAUGCACUACCCCACGACUUCACCAGAGAUAUCAUAGCCGUGUUCUGAAUCGCAUUGGUAUCGAGCGAGUUCGCGUUCGCGUAAACCGCCCUCCUGCCGCGCGAAUAGAUAAAAAAAAAACAUAUUUAUUUAAACAAUUUCACCCGGGAGGGGAAUAAGCGAGACAGCGAGAGAGUGUUUCGGUCAGCAUCCAAGCAGGAAAACGAAAGAGCUGUACUCAAAGCGAACGCGCCUUCCCGUUGCUUCCUGCGUUAGUGCACGUUUCGGAUUCGGGGGGGAAAAGUCGAUGGAAGGAGGACGCCUCCGUGCCGGAGGCUUUGUAAAUAUGUAUGUAGCACGAUAAGAUAGUCUUAUUGUUCUGAUGAUCGACGUCUCUGCCAGUCGGUUGCGCAGCUCCGUAACACGAUCCCGUUGCCCUACGUUUCUAGCACUAGUUUCCUUCGUAACGAUACAGAGAGCUAGGGGUAAAGAAAAAAAUAUCGUCUUUUGGGCCUCUUUCAGACGAGACGCAGACCUUCCUCCUUUUCAGAUUGCCAUCCCACGAGGCAAACACCGCCGAAUUUUUUUGAAAAAGACUCAACGCCUCUUGUACUGUCUACGUCGGUGUUUCUCAAACUAUGACCCACGGAGCUCAGAAAAAAGAUUGGAGACAAAAGCUAGAAACUAUAAAACUUAAAAAUUUGCAACGUCUGAAACUGUUUGAAUUAUCCUUUUUAUGAAUUUCUUUAUGAAUUUUAUGAAUCACUGUUCGAUAAAAGAGUUGAUUCAUUAUUAACCCCUUGACGUACGAUUUAAUGUAAUUUUUCAAACCUAUACUAUUUAAUUUUGUUUAAAUUUGCUCGUACAAGGAAUGGCCAUGGAAAAGAAUAGAUUUGAUUUCUUAAUACCUCGUGAAUGUAAAAACGUGUUGAUUUUAAUACAUAAGACUCGGUGACGAGUAGCCUUAUGAUCGUGAAACUUAACAUCAAGUACUUAUAACGAGUCAGGCUCGUCAUUGUACAGUAAGGGGUUAAACAGUAUUAAACAAAUCCCAAAAAGAACCAUACAACUUUCUAGAAGUUUGAGAAACACUGAUCUAUGAUAUUUUGCGAGUCACUAUAUCGGUUGGUCAAGGCCACCGAGGAACUGUCCCCACCGUUUGGCUACACGCGACGAUGCACCGCAUGUUUGGCGCGAUUAUGGCGGGGGAAGUGGCCUCGAGCGACGAGUCGAUUUUGUCGCGACUGUAUGCAACGAAACGUGGCGAAUAAUAGCAGUCUGUCGGGCCCUGACUGUACAACUUGGUGCCUCACCGCCGAGUAUCUCGUUCGAAGGAGCCCUCAGGCGCGUUCAAAGCUGACCCUUCGGUUCGAAAGAAGAGAAAAAAUGAAAAAAUGAAAAAAAAAAACACACACUAGCAGCGAUAUUUAACGAAUAGUCGAGGCGAACGGCGGCGCGAACGAAACUGAGAUAUGCUUUCGUUUUUUCGAGUUUAGAGUUCUUCCACUAGUUUGUCCGGGUAGAGUUCUUAGUCGAGCCGUUCCACGAUCGAACCUGAGCUGUGAUAACUCCCGCGGGACGUCGGCACUUAAUCCACGUUGUUUGUAAACUAAUGUAUUUUAUAAAGUAUAUUAUAUAUAUAUAUAUAUAUAGAAAGAGAGAGAGAAAGGCAGAAAAAAGAAAUUCCUCGUGAAGACAGAUGAACAAAGUUGACCGAAUCGUGAGGGCGGUCAUCGUGUGUACGAACAGAGUCGCCCGCGAACGAUCGUUGCGCCCUGGCCACGGAAGAUUUAAAACGACGGAGGAAAAACAAGAGGGUGAUAGAGAGUGCGAGAGAGGAAGAGAGAGUGAGUGGGAGGAGGAACGCGCGCAUGUGAAUACAAGAAUGAUAAAA